CUGCCAUCAACAAGAUGACACAUGCAGAAGAUAUACCACCUUCCCUCAUCAUAACCACAGAGAGUGAUGGUGUUUUCCAGGUGAAAAGCCAGGAUGACUUCCAAAGAUGGUACUUUGUACAAUUUCGGAACGAAGACCAACAGCCUUCUUGUGAGUGCCAAUUCUGGGUGCGCAACCACCUCCCAUGCAAGCAGUUCUGUGCUAUAUUUAGGUAUUAUCCUGAAUUGGGGUGGAAUAAACUGCCCCAGCAUUACACAAAUUCUCCCAUGCUUACCUUGGACGAAGCCAUUAUAGGAAAACCAGCAUAUAACCCCACGCCACCUCCAUGCACUCAAGUUGUUGAUGACACCUUAGACUCCUCCGUACCCAGUCAAAACAUCCAAAUGGAACCUGGCUCAGCACCUACAUGUAAUGCACAUCUCCCACAGAAGAAGUGUUCCCCCAAAGCCUUGGGCAGUAUUUGCCGAGAGAUUCUUGGUGAGAUAAGGCAAUUAACAUUCCUUAUGGAUAACAGAGAUGAACUGGAGAAUUUAAAAGCAGAGCUUCAAGAAAUUCACCAGAGGUUCCAGAAGGUGGCACGCUCUGAUGGCGGUCUACAAGUAGAAGGUGGAGAACCACAGCCUAAAAAGAGAAAGCUGCAAAACCAAGAAUGUCCACGCAAAAAACUGCCUCAAAUACCCAAACAACAACUGUGCAAAAAACACAAAUACAGUGGACGCCAUGGUGCCAAGGCGCAAACAAUGAGGAAGACCUUUCAGGUACAUGUAGAUGUCCCAGCAAUAAAUCCCCACCAACAGCCCACAAGUAAACAACCUACCCAUCAACAGCCAGCAGGUAAACAACCUACCUAUUAACAGCCAGCAGGUAAACGGCCUAUCCAUCAACAGCCUGCAAGUAAAAAUCCCACCCAUCAACAGCCUGCAAGUAAACAUUCCACCUAUCAACAGCCGGCGGGUAUCCAACCUUUCCAUCAACAGCCAGUAGGUAACCAACCUACCCAUCAACAGCCAGAAGGUAAACAGCCUACCCAUCAACAGCCAGCAAGGAAACAGCCUACCCAUCAACAGCCUUCAAGUAAACA